AUGUCGGCCCUACCCAUGGCACCUCCGCCCAAGAGCCCUUUGGCUCGUUACCGCAUUCUCUCUCCGACGGCUUCCGUUCGAGUGAGCCCUUUAUGCUUGGGCUCCAUGAAUUUCGGCGAUGCCUGGAAGGGAUACAUGGGAACCUGUGAUCAAAAUACUGUCGAUGAGAUUCUUGACUUCUUUCAUGAGCAGGGUGGCAACUUCAUCGACACCGCCAACAACUACCAAUUCGAAGAGUCGGAAACUUGGAUCGGAGAAUGGAUGAAGAAGAGAGGUGUCCGUGACCAGAUGGUUAUUGCAACCAAGUACACCACGAACUUCCAGGCCGGUCCCAAAGCGCCGGGCAUCAUGGCCAACUUCACCGGUAACGGAUCCAAGAGUUUGCACACGUCUGUCGAGGCAAGCUUGCGCAAGCUGCAAACCGACUACAUUGACCUGCUCUAUGUGCACUGGUGGGACUAUUCUACCUCUAUUCCGGAGCUGAUGCAGUCCCUCAACAGCCUCGUCAUCAGCGGCAAGGUCCUCUUUCUCGGUAUCAGCGACACUCCCGCUUGGAUCGUCAGCAAGGCCAAUGAAUAUGCGAGAAACCAUGGACUACGCCAAUUCUCAGUCUACCAAGGUCGAUGGUCUGCUGCCUCGAGAGACUUCGAGCGAGAGAUCAUUCCGAUGGCCAAGGCCGAAGGAAUGAGCUUGGCACCCUGGGGCGCGCUCGGCGGUGGCGCUUUCAAGACGGAAGAGCAACGCAAGUCCCAGGAUGGCCGCAAAGUUCAGGCUAGCGAAGCGCAAAUCAAGAUCAGUCAGGUCCUGGAAAAGAUCGCCAAGGCCAAGGGCACAAUCAUCACGAGUGUUGCUUUGGCUUAUGUCUUGCAAAAGACGCCUUACGUCUUCCCCAUCGUUGGUGGCCGCACUGUCGAUCAUCUGAAGCAAAAUAUUGAGGCCUUGGCUCUCAAUCUCUCCGAUGAAGAGAUUCAGGAUAUCGAAGGAGCUGUCCCGUUCGACAUGGGUUUCCCCCACAACUUCCUGUGGAGGGAGAAGGUCCCAUCGAAUCCUGGGGAGAUCUGGUUAUUGAACAUGGCAGGAACUUUCGAUUAUGUUCCAGAGCCCAAGGCUAUCGCACCUAAGGAAGGUGGAAAGUAG